AUGGCUCUUCUUCGCGCGUUUUCUUUGUUCUCUAUAUUGGCCGUCUCGACCGCCGCGGGCCCCUUCGACGCUCCCGAGGCAUCUUUGGGGACUCCAGAGGAUGCGAGCUAUGACUACGUUGUUGUUGGCGGUGGCACGGCUGGAUUGACGAUUGCCGGACGCCUGGCCCAGGAGGGAGGCUACUCGGUGGCCGUCAUUGAGGCCGGAGGGUUUUACCAGGACAAUGGCAACUUGAGCGUCAUCCCGGCCUUUGAUAUCUGGUACGCCGGUGCUAGCCCGGAUGAUACCAACCCUAACAUCGACUGGGGCUUUGUGACGACACCUCAAGCGGGCAUGAAUGGGAGAGAACUACACUAUGCGCGAGGCAAGUGUCUGAGCGGCAGCUCUGCGCGGAACUACAUGACCUACCAUUGUGGUACCACAGACUCCUACUCAAGGUGGGCCAAGGAGGUGAACGACCCAACCUACGAGCUGAGCAGCUUCUGGCCCUACUUCCAGAAGACGGUGAAGUUCACUUCGCCUGACAACAGUCGGCGCGCUGCGAAUGCCUCGGCUCCGGAUACGGAUCGCUUCGCUGACGGUUCACCACUGCAUGUCACAAUCCCUGUCUACGCCAACCCGUUCUCCUCUUGGGUGAAGAAAGCACUCCGUUACAUGGGAUUCAAGGAGGCGAAGGACUUUGUCAGUGGCGAGCUUUCUGGAGUUCAGUACAACAUGGUCACUAUUGACCCGAGGUGGUCGACGCGUAGUUCAUCUGAGGAAUUCAUCCGUAGCAUCGGUGUCUCGGAUAAGUUCAAGAUCUACACCCAUUCUAUGGCGCAAAAGGUGCUGUUCGAUGGCACCACGGCAACCGGUGUUAAGGUCACUACAUCUGGUAAAGACUACACUCUUUCUGCUAAGAAAGAGGUGAUUUUGUCUGCGGGCGCUUUCCAAUCACCGCAGCUGCUCAUGGUCUCUGGCGUUGGUCCGGCCGACACUCUCGAGCAGUUCAACAUUCCCUUGGUCAAAAACCUCCCCGGCGUGGGCCAGAACAUGUGGGAUCAUCUUCUGUUCGGCUUGUCCUACCGCACCAGUACCAUCUCGCAUUCCGCCGUCGGAAACGCCGAGUACAUGGCAAAGGCAGCGGCCGAAUAUCUUGCCGACGGCAGUGGCAUGCUGGGAAAUCCUGGCGGUGACGUCGUCGCAUGGGAGAAGCUGGCUGGGAAGCAGCUCAAGCGACUGUCAGCUAAGACGCAAUGUCGGCUGGGCGACUCAUUCCCUGCCGACUGGCCCGAGAUGGAAUACAUCACGCUGGACGCCUACAUGGGAAACAACCAGAACUACAUCACGGGGUCACCUCAGGACUCCAACAUGUAUGUCAGCCCGGCGGCAUCGCUUGUCUCACCGUUUAGUCGCGGUAACUUGACCAUCGCCUCUGCCAGCAUGGAGGAUGCCCCCAUCAUCAACCCCAACUGGCUUACUGAUCCUGCUGAUCAGGAGCUUGCUAUCCUUGCUGUCAAGCGCAUCCGUGAGAUGGUCGAUACCCAGGUCAUGCAGAAGGUCAUUAUCGGGUCAGAAGCCUACCCUGGACGCGACAAGGUGUCGACAGAUGCCGAGAUCCUUAACUUCGUUCGUGACAAUGGAAUUCAAAUCUUCCAUGCUGCGGCUACUUGCAAAAUGGGUACCUCCAAAGACCCUCUCGCUGUCGUGGACUCUCAGGGCCGCGUCUUUGGUACUUCGAAACUUCGCGUCGUCGACGCUGCGGCUUUCCCAUUCCUCCCACCUGGACAUCCCCAGGCCACCGUUUAUGCACUGGCCGAGAAGAUCGCCGCGGAUAUUCUCGGGAAAAAGAAGUAA